UUUUUUUUUUCCUGCAGGAUGACACGUGAAACUUUCCCGAGGAGUUGGUUGGUAUGUUUGCUGUGUAGCUGCGCGGCGCUCCGUUAACUCGGCACACAACCUCCACCGAGUGGACCAGCGCGCUGCCGCCUAUUUUUAGAAGUGUGCCUAAUGGGGGAAAACGAAGGGGCUUGAAGAAAAAAGUGCAGAGGAAGGUCUCCACCGCGCUGCGAUGAACUCGCCGAACACCUCGAAGUGACGGAAUUUUAAGAAAGAAGUUCGAAGAAGAACGGCGCUUUGCUUCGCUUCAGCUCUUACCCAACUUCUAAAACAAAAAACGCAGUGGCCGCCGGAGAAGUCGCCGUGCUGCGCAAUGGCUGCCCAGUGCGACACUUUAAGCGGAUACUUGCAGCAGUCGGACCAGGGCUCCAACAGCGAGCGCAGCACCGAUUCUCCUCUCCCGGGAUCGGAGGAGGAUCUGAGCGGCCCCCAUCCGCUGCCAGACCCGGAGUGGACUGAGGAGAGGUUUCGCGUGGACCGCAAGAAGCUGGAAGUCAUGUUAUUAGCUGCCUCGGAGGGGAGAGUCAAUGGCGGGGAGGAUUUCUUUCAGAAGAUCAUGGAUGAGACCCAAACGCAGAUAGCCUGGCCCUCCAAACUGAAAAUCGGAGCAAAGUCCAAAAAAGAUCCACAUAUCAAGGUGUGUGGAAAGAGGGAGAACGUGAGGGAAGCCAAAGACAGAAUUAUGUCUGUCCUCGACACAAAGAGCAACAGGGUGACUCUGAAGAUGGACGUUUCCCACACAGAGCACUCCCACGUCAUCGGCAAAGGCGGCAACAACAUCAAGAGGGUGAUGGAGGAGACGGGGUGCCACAUCCAUUUCCCCGACUCCAACAGGAACAACCAGGCGGAGAAAAGCAACCAGGUGUCCAUCGCGGGGCAGCCAGGAGGGGUGGAGGCGGCUCGAGUAAAAAUAAGGGAGCUGCUACCUCUUGUGCUGUCUUUCGAGCUUCCGGCCAUCAUGCAGUCCGACCCCAGCUCCCCGACUGUGCAGCACAUCUCGCAGACCUACAACCUCACCGUCUCCUUCAAGCCUCCGACGCGCCUCUAUAGGGCCACCGGUGUUGUUCGCGGCUCACAGAACAACGCCAACGCAGUCAAGAGAGGCACGGCUCUGUUGUUGGAGCACCUGGCCGGUAGCUUGGCAAGCACCAUCUCAGUCACCACCCACCUGGACAUCGCACCACAACACCACCUCUUCAUGAAGGGACGCAACGGCAGCAACAUCAAGCACAUCACCCAAAGGACGGGAGCCCAGAUCCACUUCCCAGACCCCAACAGCCCCCAGAAGAAAUCCACAGUCUACAUUCAGGGCACCAUUGAAUCCGUCUGUCUGGCACGGCAGUACCUCAUGGGCUGUUUGCCUCUGGUGUUAAUGUUUGACAUUAAAGAGGACAUCGAGGUGGAGCCGCAGUGUAUCACAGCGCUCAUGGAGCAGCUGGAUGUCUUCAUCAGUAUCAAGCCAAAGCCAAAGCAGCCCAGCAAGUCUGUCAUAGUCAAGAGCGUGGAGAGGAAUGCGGUCAACAUGUACGAAGCCCGAAAGUUCCUGCUGGGUCUCGAGAGCAAUGGAGUGUCGUCUUCUUCUUCGCCCUCCGUGGCACUGAAUCCCGCUACUAAUGGUCCAUCCCCAUCCCUCAUCUGCCCCGUUGGCCUGGACAUCCUGGCCUCAGCUGGCCUGGGGCUGAGUAAUCUGGGUUUCCUGGGUGCGACGGCGCCCCACUCCCUCCCGAACUCGGCUGCCCCGAAUGCGGUUCUGAACAGCUUGAACUCCUCCAUGAGCCCUCUGCAGACCCCGAGCCCCAGCACCCCCACACCCUCACCCUCCCUCUGGCCCAGUUCGCUCACCAGCACCCAAGGUUUCUCAUCUCAGCUGAUGCUGCAUCCCGCCACUCAGGCCACAUUAAGCAGCAUCCUGCUGUCAGGCGUGCAGGGCUACACGCAGAGCACACCGUCGCCUCCGCCCGGCCUCGCACCCAUCGACAAACAGCCCAACGGGGUUCCUGACUGCACUCUUAACGGGCAUGUCAAGCACCCUGGCUCAGUCUAUGGGAGGUUAGCAACGGCGUCACUUGCGGACACUGUUCUGAGUCCAGCUCCAUGUGACUCGGUCCAGGAGGCCAGCGGACAUAAUCCAUCAGAACCGCUGUCGAGCAAGUCCAGCCCAGACGAAGGCUCUGACACAUUCGUAGAAGUGGGCAUGCCCAGAAGCCCCUCUCACUCGGCUAACGGGAGCGAGCUGAAACAGAUGCUGGCUUCAUGCAAAACGUCAUCAGGGAAACGACAGGCCGUGGAGCUCCUGCAGGGCACCAAGAACUCCCAUCUACACUCCGACUGUCUCCUCUCGGACGCCGAGUCCAGCUCGUCAGACAGUCCUGUGGCGGACAAGAGGGCGCCGGGCAGCGAGCGGGCGGCCGAAAGGGCGGCGCAGCAGAACGAGAGGGAGAGAAUUAGGCUGGCACCGCAGACUUCCUUUGCCAACAUGCAGGCUUUUGACUAUGAACAGAAAAAGCUGUUGGCAACCAAAGCAAUGUUAAAGAAGCCUGUGGUGACGGAGGUGCGGACCCCCACCAACACUUGGAGUGGCCUGGGCUUCUCAAAGUCGAUGCCAGCUGAGACCAUCAAGGAGCUGCGGAGAGCCAAUCAUGUUUCAUACAAACCCAGCAUGAGCACCACGUAUGAGGGAUCCCCGCUGUCCCUGUCUCGAUCCAGCAGCCGGGAAGGCGUGGGCAAUGGCAGCGACUCUGACAACUGGCGAGAGAGGAACGGCACCGGUAAUGGCCUGCCAAGCCACGCUGAGUUCCCCUCUGCUGUCAGCAGCCCCAAGAGGAAGCAGAACAAAUCUGCUGCAGAGCAUUACCUCAGCAGCAGCAACUACAUGGAUUCCAUCUCCUCAGUAACUGGCAGCAACGGCUGCAGUCUGAACUCAUCUCUGAAAGGCUCAGACCUGCCAGAGCUCUUCAGCAAGCUGGGACUGGGGAAGUACACAGACGUCUUCCAGCAACAAGAGAUUGACCUCCAGACAUUCCUGACCCUAACAGACCAGGACCUGAAGGAACUGGGCAUCACCACCUUCGGUGCCCGCAGAAAAAUGCUGCUCGCUAUCUCAGAACUAAACAAGAACCGGAGGAAGCUAUUUGAGCCACCCAUCAGGUCCUCCUUCCUGGAAGGGGGAGCGAGCGGCCGCCUCUCCCGUCAGUUUCACGCCGACAUGGCCAGUGUGAGCGGGCGAUGGUAGGAGCCUCCGGGCCAAAUCCCAAGAAAACCGUCCAUGAAGGAGACCGGCCUCCAGCGUCUCUCAGUGAUGCCCAGGUUUCAGCGGUUGCUCACCCUUUUUCAACAAGACUGUUCACAAUGUUGCCAUAUAGUAUAAAUAUGUAUAUGUUUAAAAAAAAAAAAAAAAAAAAAAAAGAAAGAAAGAAAAAAAGCCAUAGUUUUACAUGAAGUGCCAACAAUAAUGGAAAAAAAAAAUACAUGAGGUUCAGUGUUCACUCCAUAUAGGCCCACUGAGUCUAUGUGGAGCUUUUCUAUAUGAAGGGUGAUGUUUUGAAAAAGGGUACUGUCCAGUAUUUCUGUCCACUUUUUGUUCAAGGGAACAGGCAGAAUGAUUAGUACAAUCAUUUUACCCAUUGAUACUACCUGCAUUUGUAUUAUGCUAUCGUAUCAGUGACAUGCACUUUAAUAAUACUAGAUUUUUGCCUGUGAGAGCCUUAUUCCUUAGAUUGAAAUAAUAAUAACUAUGCAUUUUUUUUUUUUUUUUUUUAUUGACUAAAAGCACAGAUGCAUUUUGUACCAAAACCAAAAGUAAGCACUUAGCCAGUGAGAUUAGGGCGCCACCAAAUGAAGUGCAAAACCAGGUCAGCACACGUCAAGUGAUGACUCGAUCAACUUUAACACGUUAUACCAAAGUAUCGUUGUGGCCUUUGACCUUUCGGCUGCCUUCAGUGUUGCGAUUGGUGGACAUUCCUCCGAGGUCAGUGUUCAACAGCAGUUUGUCUGUGUAUUCCAAGACAAAAUGGAAAAAAAAAAAAAAAAAGUAUUUUGUACUCAUUAUGCAUUAUGAUUUUAUUUUUAGUUUUUAUUACCAUUUUAGGCGAAUGAGUGGAAUGUUUAUUGGUAAUCAGUUUACAUAUGUAUUUUUUAUAUGUUCAUGAAUGAGUUUCUAUGAUUUUUGUAAUUAGUUUACUAGUAUCUUUUACUUUUUUUUUGUUUUGUUUUGUUUUUGUUUUGUUGUUUUUUUUCCUGCCCCUUAAUCUGUGGAGCCAUGAUAUGGCUGUGCCAUUAGACAGCAGCAGAGACGCGAGGCAGUUAGGCUAAGCUUCAUAGGCCUCUCUCUGAUUGUGUCAACAGGCAUCUUUCUGUGGUUUUCCUGCUCUGUUUAUCGUACCUGAUCUUUUGUCUCAUCUGUUAUUUGUCAGCGAUGGCCUCCCUGUGGCCCCUUUCGUGUGCCUCAGAUCUCCCAAUACGCUCUUGCAUGUUUCUGGAACUUGAGAUGCCAGAACUGUGCGCCUUCUUUUUUUGUCUUCCUAUUAACUGGCUGUUCCAUUUAGAGCAAGGAAAGACCUCAUAACAGAACAAGGCCGUGCCUUUGUAGCGAAAAGUGCCAAUGUACAUAACUAGUUUUUCAGCAGGGAGAUAUUUUGUUAAGAACACUAAUAUUUUGGUCUGACCUUACUCUCCAGAUAGGAGGUGCAUCACACAAAGAACCAGUUUGUUCACAGCCAAGUCGGUUUCGUACGAGCAUUUCUGCGAGACACAAACAAGGAACCAAAGUCACCAGAAGGACUGCGAGAUUUAAGAUGAAAACAAAUAAGAAUCUGGAUUUUUCUGCUAUCCGUCAUGCGAUCCAAUAUCCCAAAAACCUGCUUCAGCAGUGUUUAAUAAAGUAACAGGAUUAUGCAUGCCGCAGCAGAAUUUAUCAUCAGAGCUUGUGUUUGUUCUGCACUCCCAUAUUAUGUUCAGUCAUGUGUUUUAAAAAGGGAAAACAUCCUUUUCCAGCAGUUCAUUAACUUUGGAUCACUCAAAGGGUUUUUUUUUGUGUGUGUGUGAUGUUCCUAAAAUACUUCUGAGGAUUUAGACCACAAGCCAAUCCAUCAUCCAAUGUCCUGAGCAUUUUUCCAAGUGCAAUUAAGUGCCUCUUUGUAUUUUUUAUUUCUUUUUUUUUUGUGUUCAUAUUUGCAGUUCAGUGAGUAUAAAAGCCUAGACUAAGGAAUCUCUUAUCUUGGUUUAAACGAGAGUACAGUGUAUAAAAUCUAUAAAGUAUGUAGAGGACACUAAUGAGAAAUUCACUGCCGAGUGCAUGAACGUUUAUGUCAGCAAAUUGAGUAAAUACAAAAAGUAAAAGAAGUUCUUGUACAAUCUCAAAACAGAGACUUUAGAGUCACAACGAUUCCCUUUGAGGUGAUUUGUCGCCUGUCACUUUUAACCACUUUUCCACCCUCCAUCGCAUCUGAUUUGAGCCAUUUUCAAUGUGGUUGUCAAGUUAGUAACACUAUAAGUAAUAUUCUGACAUGGUUGCCGAUGUCGACCAGGCAAUUCUUUUUUUUUUUUUUUUUUCCAGUAAGGUCUUAAGAAAAGAGUUGGGGUGGGGUGGGGGAUAAAGCUAAUAUAGAAAAAGGAUUCUUUAUUGUGAGAGGAAACCCGGGGCCGGUUCGCCCCCACUCAUCAUGGUACUACAUUGAAACUGUUGAGCACUGAUUCUCCCAGUGCUGUGACUCGUGUUCCUGCCUAGCAGACAUUUGUUUUUUCAUCCUUCACCUUGUUUGGAUGCGUUUGCUCGGAGGGCAGUAGAGGUUCUUCUCUUAUCAAAGUGAAUGUUGUUUGAAAAGAAAAAAAAACCUAUUGAUUCAUGUUAUCGCAGCUUGAUUACGGAUCAGUGAAGGGACUCACCAAGUCGAAACGUUUACUGCCAGCUUGUCUAGUCGUUGCCCUUGAUAGAAUAGUUUCACAAUUAUGUCUUUGUUGUAUUAGUCAUGUUGUUGUUCCCAAAGGGAUUUAUUUGAAGGAAUCUUUGUACUGCAAUCAAAUGGUACAUUUAUAAUAAAUGUAAACCACUAAGAAAACGAUGUAUUACACAACUUUUGUACAACUUUUUCCUCUUAUACGACCUUUGUUUUUUUGCGUGAGAAAGGUACAAUUCUGCACAAAGUUCCAGAGAAGAAUUUGUGUACAAACAUUGUCAUGUGGCCAAAGCUCUGUUCACUGUGGCAUCUUUUGAUGGUAUUGUUAUUCUAACUGUAUUGUAGUACAGAUAUAAACAGAAGACAUUUUGGAGAAACUGUCAAGCAGGCAAAAAAAAAAUAAAAAUUAAAAAAUGUUUGUUCAAACAUUCAAAUGGUAUUAUGAAGGUAUUAAAUAUAUGCAAACAAA